AUGAGGCUAAUGCGAAGAUCUCGACUGGAUGGAAAGAAGCCCUGGCUGACGGGGAUGGAUCGAGGCCACCAUGGCACGGCCACUGGCGUUGAACGAUUGCCGACAUGCCUUCGACGACUUUCAUUGCAGUUUCGCGAUAAACGAGCGUGUGCUGAGGGACCAAUGAUCGACUGGACUGAGCAAUCGAGCAGCGACUGCGCUUAUGACGACAUUUAUGCACUGAAAUGCCCGCAGGUGGUGAAGACGACAUCGAAGCAACGAGAAGAUGAUAGUGACCGCCUUUUCAGCAUCCGGCUGGAUUACAAGGAGAAACAAGUGAAUGGGCGCGCGAAAGUGAAGAAAUAUGGCCGCAAAAGGAAGAGCAAGAAAGAUGUGCCCGCGAAAGCUGCUAAAUCCAUCAUUCUACAAAACCCGAAGACGACCCCCGGCCACGUCUUCGCCAACAUCGUCCGUAUCACCGACCUCUUCUUCCUCCUCCUCAUCUUCAUCGCGAAAAUGGAUCCGGCUGAUUACGCGAGGCUCAGGGACACCCUCGAGACCGUGAAUCAGAUCUUUAUCCAGGACGGAUGUGCGCUGCGCGUCAUCGCGUACCCGACCGGCAAGGUGGAAUUACUCGGAAUCGUCACUGAGAUCGCCUCGGGCUUCUACGACAAGAAGAGGGCCGCCGAGCCGCCGGUGACCCAGAGCGACAAGCAGCUGCCCGGCAUGAAGAGGACCUCGACCAUCGGACGCGCAGGGCCCUCGACGUCCCAGGCGACGCCCCACGCGACCCACCCUCGUCCUCCCCACAUUCACCCGGACGGCAACAAGGACAAGGCGCGCAGCCCGCGCACCAAACGGAUCUGCCGCCAG